AUGCCCCUCUCGGCCAUCCUCCCCGGCUGGGACCAAGUCUGGCCACUUGUUGGACAGGAGAGGCUCCUGGCUGAGGAGCCGAUGAUGGCUUACCGUUACUCCCUGCUGGUGCUGUGGCUGCAGCUGGAUCGGGCCCUCUUGCUCAGCUCCAACGACCCCAAUGUCUGCAGCUACUGGGAAAGUUUCACCACCGUCUCCAAGGAGUCCUUCGUGCAGCCCUUUGUCCAGGAGUCCAAGGAGCCCUGCAAGAGCCCGGCGUGGCUACGGGCAAAGACCUGUCCUCAGUACAGAGUCCUGUACAAGACAGCCUACCGGCAAGGCGUCAAAGUAGACUACCGGAGACGCCAUCACUGCUGCGAGGGCUUCUACGAGAGCAACGACAUCUGUGUCCCUCGGUGUGCCCAGGAGUGCGUGCACGGCCGGUGUGUGGCUCCAGACCAGUGCCAGUGUGAGCAAGGCUGGAGGGGCGCAGACUGCUCCAGUGAGUGCAGUGACCGAUCCUGGGGGCCCAACUGCCAAAGCCUCUGCACGUGCUCGAACGGAGGCAGCUGUGACCCCCUGACUGGGGCCUGCGCUUGUCCCCCUGGCUACCGUGGGCAGGAGUGCCAAGAGACGUGUGCCACAGGGACCUACGGCCAAGGAUGCCAGCUGGACUGCCACUGCCAGAACGGAGCGGGCUGCAGCCACGUGACUGGCGCCUGUCUCUGCUCUCCCGGCUACACAGGGCCACACUGCGAGACCCCCUGCUCCAACAGCACCCAUGGGUUCCAGUGUCCAGCCUACUGCCCCUGCCAGAAUGGGGGCGUCUGCCAUCCCCCCUUCUCCAGCAAAUGUGCCUGCCCUCCUGGAUGGACGGGUGACAUCUGCUCCACCCGGUGCCCCAUUGGGCGCUUUGGCUCCAGCUGCCAGGAAGAAUGCCGCUGCCACAACGGAGGCCAGUGUGAUCCUGAUUCGGGCCAGUGCCAGUGUGCCCUGGGCUACCUGGGAGAGGAAUGCCGCGAAAAGUGUCCCAUCGGCAAAUAUGGGCAGGACUGCCACGAGACCUGUGACUGCACCAACGGGGGCCACUGCUUUCACAUCAGCGGGGGCUGCUUGUGUGAAGCCGGAUUCUACGGCAGUCGCUGUGAGGAGCGCAAAUGUCUUCCUGGGCUGUAUGGCCUCAGCUGUCAGUUUCCUUGUCUCUGCAAUCCUCAGCACACACAGAGUUGCCACCCCAUCUCUGGCGAAUGCUCCUGCAAGGCAGGAUGGGCCGGCCUCUACUGCAACGAGACGUGUCCUCGUGGAUCCCACGGCCUCAGGUGCCAGGAUCCCUGCCUGUGCCUGAAUGGGGGCACUUGUGAUGGCGAGACAGGGCACUGCAGCUGCCCACCUGGCUAUACAGACAAGCAUUGCUCCAGCCCCUGCCCGGAGGACACUUUUGGGGUGAACUGCUCUCAGGAGUGCAGCUGCCAAAACGCCUUGGGCUGUUCUCCAGUGGACGGGACCUGUUUCUGCAAGGAAGGCUGGCAGGGAGCAGACUGUUCUGCCCCCUGCUCUGCAGGCACCUGGGGUGCCGGUUGCAACCAAACCUGCCUCUGUGCCAACGGAGCGACCUGUGAUCCCAUCGACGGAGGAUGCACCUGCGUGGCUGGGUGGCAAGGCAGCCACUGCAGGCAGCCAUGCCCGGAUUGGUUCUACGGCCUGGGCUGCGCCCGGAAGUGUUUCUGUGAAAAUGCUGCUGGCUGUGAGCCCGUCUCCGGACGAUGCCGCUGCCUGCCUGGAUGGAAAGGACCUCGUUGCAGCCAGCCAUGUGCAGAGGGCCUGUGGGGGGAGCAGUGUCGCCAGCUGUGCUCCUGCAAGAAUGGGGCCAGCUGUUCCCCCAAGGAUGGCCUCUGCGAAUGCACCCCGGGCUUCCGGGGGCCCAACUGCCAGCGGUCCUGCCAGUCAGGCCGUUAUGGCAAGAAGUGCUCUGUGCCCUGCAAGUGUGCCAAUCACUCCAUCUGCCACCCUGUGGACGGCUCUUGUGACUGCCCGCCGGGCUGGACGGGCAGCGAUUGCGCAAGACGGUGCACUUCCGGCUUCUUCGGCAACAACUGCACCUCCCGGUGCCCAUGCCAGCACGGGGGCUUCUGUGACCCAGGCACAGGGUCCUGCUCGUGCCCCACAGGCUACACCGGUGCCCACUGUGAGACCAGCCACCCCGAUCACCCCCUCACCGUGGUUCCCGCCUCACCAGCCGCCAACCACUCCUUGGGGGCGGUGAUUGGCAUCAUCAUCCUGGCCGCUUUGCUGGCGGCAGUUCUGGUGGUUUUCUUCUGCUACCGGCGGUGUCAGAAGGAGAAGGAGAAGCGGCACGUCUCCGUGGCCUACACCACAGGGAGGACGGACAGUUCGGAAUACGUCGUCCCUGAUGUGUCGCCCAAUUACACCCAUUAUUAUUCGAACCCCAGCUACCACACCCUCUCGCCCUGCUCCCCCAGCUUCGCCAUCCCAAGCAGCUCCGAUCUGCCGGGCAAGGUGAGCAUCCCCUCCCUGUUUUUCUCCAACCUGCAGAAUCUGGAGCGGGACUGGGCAGGACUGCAGGUGGCCGACUGCAACGCCACCCUGCCCAGCGACUGGAGGCACCGCCGGGGGAGCCCUGCCCACGGGGGAGGCUACUUAGACCGCAGCUGCAGCUACACGGAUGGCCUGGGAAAAUACCGCUGCCAAGUGCACACCAAGGAGGCGCCCUGGGGCCGCAGCGACAGCUCCCUCAGCAGCGAGAACCCCUAUGCCACCAUCAAGGACUGUCCCGGCCCUGCCGGGAAGGCGCCCGAGGGCAGCUACAUGGAGAUGAAGUCCCCCCCUUCCUCCAAGCGGGAGAAAUCCUACGCAGAGAUCAGCCUCUUCGAAGACCCCUCCUGCAGCUCUGAGACCAAGGAAGAGGAAGGUGCAGGUGAGGAUGAAGCCGUCCUGCAGGCGACGGCAGCCGUGCCCCCCAGCCACUACGAUUCUCCCAAGAACAGCCACAUCCCCAGCCACUAUGAUGUGCCCCCCAUCCGGCACUACCCGCCAUCCCCUCCACUCCGAAGACAAGCCCGGUGA